GGACGCAAACAGGAAGUGAUUCGUGAAUCGAACGCGUGGAGGAGCUUGGACGUGCUUCGAUCUCACGCGAUCAUGUUCUGAGCCGUCUUCUUCAAUCGGGUCUGGGCAAGAUCGAGAAGGCGGAGGAGCGUCCGGCGGAGCAGAGAUGGAGACGAUGAAGAAUCUGCUGCGGCCCAAGCCCAAUCCCCAGGAGCAGCUCCGAGAAUGGCAGCGCCGCCUCCGGCAGGAGUGCCGGAACAUCGAGCGCCAGAUCCGAGAUGUCCAGAGGGAGGAGAAGAACGUGCAGAAAGCCAUCAAAGAAGCCGCAAAAAGGAACGACAUGACUUCGGCGAAGUCUCUUGCUAAGGAAAUAGUAAGGUCAAGAAAAGCUGUCAAUCGUCUCUAUGAGAACAAGGCACAACUGAAUUCUGUCUCUAUGCAUCUUGGUGAAUUAGUUGCAACCGCUAGAACUGUGGGCCAUCUAUCCAAAAGUGCCGAGGUUAUGAAGCUUGUCAAUAAUCUCAUGAAAGCUCCUGAAGUUGCUGCUACAAUGCAAGAGUUUAGUAAAGAAAUGACAAAGGCUGGAGUAAUGGAAGAAAUGGUAAACGAUGCUGUUGAUACAGCUUUAGAUUCUGAAGACAUUGAGGAAGAAAUAGAGGAGGAAGUGGACAAAGUGCUCGCUGCAAUAGCCGGUGAAACUGUGUCUGAGUUACCAAAUGCUAUUAGCAAGGAGAAGAUAAAGCAGCCAUCAGCCAGCGUCAAAGCUGAACAGCAAGAAGCCAUCGCCGAAGGCACAGAUGACGAAGACUUGGACGAGAUAAGGCAACGGCUCGCCAGGGUGAGAUCAUAAGUUGGACCCAUUGAUCAGGCACAAAGAUACUAAGUAAUUGUAGCAAUACAUGUUUUCACGAAUCUGACUCUAAAUGUGUAUUUACUUUGGGUGAGAAGAUGGCUUUUAUUCUUCAAGCAGUCUUCAACAAAGUAAAUUCUUGAUGGUCAUGUAUCUAACGUUGUCCUGAAAUUGUGAUUGCUUAUAUCUUGGAAGAAUUUAAUUCCUAGCAUAUUAAAGAAA